AUGGAGAUUCGCGCACCAUCAGAUGGUGCUACGCCAAUCAAAGAUUUGAGAGCAGUCUAUCCUGGAGCCAUCAAGAACAUCGCAGUGACUCUUAUAGGUAUGCGACCAUAUGCUGGAUCUGAUCUUGACUCAGACAUCCCCGCCGACCAAGCAAGCCAGAAAUCAUUAGAGCGCAUCCAGUCCAUGAAAGAUGCUGGUAGACCUCUGCCUCAAUGUCCUAAAGUCGAUACGAAUGGAAUAGAUGUUGCAUUGAUAAUGUUACGCACUCUUCUGGCUUAUCACAUGGAUUUGUGUAUCCCUCAAGACAAAAUUACGGCAGAGGAGGUCGCCUUCUACAAGGCUGCUUGGAUGAAUAUUGGUUGGCAUGAGACUGACGAUUGGGAAGUUAAAAAACAACUCUUCAAGUCACUCCUCGGUGUUCGAGUAUUAUCUCCAAAAGAUAUCAACGAAUCAAAGUUGUGUUUUGAAGGUAUCCUUGCACACACCAAAUUGCAAAAUCUUUUCAAGGAGAGCACCCGGUUCAACAUCACGAGUCACCUAUUCAGAGAAAGGAAGAUCGAUGAACCGGAAUCGGUAUGGAUAAGAGGUACAUCAGAUCCUCUCAUCCUCUCCCGAUUCAACGAUUUGGAAUGGGACGGAACCAAAGAAUUAGGUCCUUUUAUCAACAGACAUUUCGACUCUGUCAAAUACAAGGGGUAUCUGCGAUUACAUUACGGCGCAAAGCCAUUGUUUUGUAGAGUCUUAUUUGAACCCAAGAUAAUCAGGUCCAUAUCUGAACUCUGGAGUUUCAGGAUGGCUGGAACAGUAACGAAAGAAUUCGAAGAAGGCGAUACAUGCUAUUACCAUGAUGAAACGAAGCAUACGUACGUUCUAUGCGCCAUUAUUAGGUUGGGAAAUGGAAGUGAUGUCAAGGACGACAUUCGCAUAUAUGCAGCCAACGGCCGAGAGAUCGUCCCCAUGCCUUCUCUAGGAAGACCUAAAGAGUUAGUGGGGAGAUCUGAAUUUAUGGAAUCGGGAAAACGAUGGUCCAUUCAAGACGGAGGUCGAUAUAUGCUCUUUUAUGCGCGAUCUAUACCACCAGAAGGAGAACCAGAUCCUGAGACAUUCAUUGACUAUGAUGCUCCUGAGUUUAAACCGAGACGAUCUUGGGUUCCACCUGAUAAUUCGAUAAUUGAAGCUUCUUCAACGGAAAAUGCCUCACUCGACCAUUCCAUGACCGAUGUUCCUCCCUAUGUUCCUCCCGAUGAUUCAUAUAUCGAAGGAUCAAUUGAUCAUGACGUUAUUACUGGUGAUGGUGCCAAAGUCAAUCUACCAAUUCGAGGCAUUUUGAAGGCACCAUUAACAAUGCUUACGGGGCCCAGACCAGGAAUCUUUGCGGUUGUGACACCAGCAUUCCUUUCAACAACUCCUGUAGUUCUUACACUCCAAGAUUUCUCAUCUCGCGGUGUAGGUUCCUCUUCUGGUCAGAAUGACCGAGGUCAAACCUCCAAUUCAAGGGGACGUGGCUCGAAUAUGAAUCCCAACGGAGAGAGACUAGGCUCGCAACCCAACAGAUGGGGGCAACCCAACAGAGGGAGGCAACCAAACAGAGGGGGGCAAUCCAACAGGGGGGCAAGCUUGGAAUCGGAACCCAAAAGAAAGAAUACGUCUCGUGUCAAGUUUGCGGACCUACCUGAAGAAUGA